AUAAAAAAAAUAAUGUUGAGGUUGCGAAGUGUAUUAAAACACUGCCUUUCGGCCAAGAAAACGUGCAGCAGAAACAUCUCCGCCCUGUACAUAACUGGCGACAAAGCGAACGAAAACUAUGUGACUCUGCAGCCGUACAUGGACUUCAAUGGAACCUUUAGAGAGCGGCAAUCUUUGGACCAGAGCAUAUCCAGCCGGGGAUUGGACAUUCGUUUGGAAACUGUGCUUAGCAAGUACGAGAAGUAUAAAACACAUCACGCUCAGCUGUCCAAGGUGGUGGAGGAACGCGAAAGGGUGACCAAGCGCCUAAAGGAGCUAACGAAAUCUGGUGGUAGUGCGGUUCAGCUGGAGGAGUUGAAACAGCAAGGGAAAUCGUUGCGCAACGAGCUAAAGGCUCUAAAGCAGACACUCUAUCCCAUAGAGGAUGACUUUAUUCAUGACUAUCUGCACUUACCCAACCUGCUGCAUGCCCAGAGCCCUGUCGGAGGGGAGGAAAAGCUUCUCUAUCGCCAUGGGAUGCCCAAAUCAGAUAGUAAGACUACAUCCCACUUGACACGCCAGGAACUUGUACAUUUUGUGGACAACAAUCGUUACUACUUGAUGGAGCAGGCUGCUUACUUCGACGUAAAUGCCAUGCAAUCCCUGGCCCACUAUUUCGUCAACCACGGGGACUUCAUUCAAACUGCCAAUCCAGAUUUUGUGCGUUGCGUCCUCCUGGAAGCAAAUGCGACACCCUUAUCCGACUAUCAUCUGGUUCAGGAAGAGCACCUGCAAAACAAGAUCAAUACCGCCUAUUUAACUGGAGGUGCGUCCUUCGAGAGCUACCUUGGUGCCAUGACCAAGCUGUGCGUGUAUCCCUCGGUGCUGCCCCUUCGGUAUGUCUGCUGUGGUCGGAGCUACAACAGAGCGGAAGCGAAGAUGUAUGGGCCCAUUCCCAGUCUUUAUACGGCGACUCAAACGAAUGCGGUACAAAGCUUUGUGGCAACGCAAACGGGCAACGAAGCGGACACCCAACUAGAUCAUAUUCUCAAUCUGGCUACUGAUUUCUACAAAGCUGUGGACAUACCCUUUCGGAUUUCUUAUGCAACAGCACCAGCUCUAACUCCGGCGGAGAGUAUCCGAGCAGUCAUCGAAGUUUAUGCCCCCUCACUGCAGCGCUACGUGUGUGUGGGACGUAUCAGCAAUUACGGAGACUUUGUCUCCAAACGAAUCCUUUUUAGCACGCGGCGGGAGAAGCACUAUGAUUUCUUGCACUUAGUGGGUGGACCAGUGCUCUACACCUCGCGACUGAUAGCAGCUCUUGUGGAGCAUGGCGUGCGCUUGGAAGACUGCAAACUUUUGGGCUCUAUUAGUCAGAAACCCAGUCAUCAGCAGGAUCUGCAACAGUUUAAGGACCUUUUCACGUAAAAACGAUAGGUGUUUAGUUUCUGUUGUUUGUUCUUAAGCCUAACAAUAAGUAAAAGUUAAGUUUUACAUACAA